AUGGAAUUCAAGAGAAGUUUCAGAAUCAACACGACAGAUUGGCGAUGCAUUUAUCCAAAGGUCCACUCCUGGUCUCUAGAUGGAAGUGGAGAUUGUUGUUCGUGGGACGGCAUCGAAUGUGACGAGGUCACCGGCCGAGUGAUUGCCCUCGAUCUCAGUAGCAGUUGUCUCUCGGGCACCAUGAGUCCCAACACCACUCUCUUUCGACUCGUUCACGUGGAGUCGCUCAAUCUCGCUUACAACAGCUUCAACUUCUCCCCAAUCCCGUACGGCUUCAGCAAUCUUUCGAAGUUACAAUACCUUAAUCUCUCCCACUCGGAUUUUUCCGGUGAAAUCCCUCACGAUAUCUCGCAGCUAUCCCGGUUAGUUUCUCUCGAUUUGUCCACUUCUUGGGACCUGCCACUUCAUUUGCCCAACAUGGGCGACCUUGUUCAUAAUUUGACUGGGCUAAAAGAAAUCGAUCUUUCUUCUGUAAGCUUGUCAUCACCUGUCCCUCAUGUGCUAGCGAAUUUCUCUUCCUUGACAUCGCUUCGGCUUGGAAAUUGUCGAUUGAAUGGAGACUUUCCGGUCAGCAUUUUUCAGAUGCCAAACUUGGAAGUCCUUGACAUUUCUCUGAAUCCCAACCUUUCUGGUUUUUUUCCCAAACCGCAUUGGGGUUCUCCAUUGAAAUUGUUAUACCUUUCCUCGACCGACUUCUCGGGAGAAAUACCCGCUUCGAUCGGAAAUCUUAGUCUCUUGAAUGAGUUAGACGCUAGCUACUGCUCUUUUUCGGGACUUCCCUCUUCAUUGGGUAAUCUUUCUCAUCUCACCGCACUAGACCUUCGCAGAAAUUACUUGCUAGAUCAAAUCCCUGUUUCCGAGCUUGGAUAUUGUGGAUUGAAUGGAGACUUUCCGGUCAGCAUUUUUCAGCUGCCAAACUUGGAAGUCCUUGACAUUUCUGGCAAUUCCAACCUUUCUGGUAUUCUUCCCAAACAGCAUUGGGGUUCUCCAUUGAAAUCCAUAAACCUUUACAAUACCAAAUUCUCAGGAGAAAUACCCUCUUCGAUCGGAAAUCUUAGUCUCUUGAAUGAGUUAAACGCCUGGGAGUGCCAUUUUUCGGGAUCGCUUCCCUCUUCAUUGGGUAAUCUUUCUCAUCUCACUAGACUAUACCUUCGCGGAAAUAACUUGCAAGGUCAAAUCCCUGUUUCCUUUGCUGAUCUUACCCAGCUAUCAGAGCUAAGCCUCUCUUACAAUAACUUGAGUGGUGAUACUUUGGAGUGGGUGGUCAACUUGACAAAACUUACCUACUUGGAAAUUUCAGAUAAUCGGCUAAGCGGUGGACUUCCAUCUUCAUUUGCGAACCUGAAGCAGUUGACUUUUCUCCACCUUUCUCACAACGACUUGGGCGGUGAUAUUCCGAGUACAUUGUGGAAUCUAGAAGAUCUUGAAUGGCUUGGGCUGGGGUCGUUUAAUCUCAAUGGCGUUCUCGAUUUAAAUAAUCUAUUCAAACUCAAGAACUUGGGAGAUUUAGAUUUGUCCUUCAACAAUAUAUCGUUCACCAAGUCAUUCAUCAAUGCCACUACAUCGACGCUUGCCACCUUAAUCUUGGAUUCAUGCAACUUGACCGAGUUCCCACAGUUUAUAGGCUACUUAAGCGAAUUGGUGCGGCUAGACCUAUCACACAACAGAAUCCGAGGGACCAUUCCUAGAUGGAUGUGGAACAAUAGCAAAGAAUCUCUCUGGUAUAUAGAUCUUUCUCACAAUCUUUUAACCGGCUUAGAAAACAACCAGACUAGUCUUCCUUUGCCGAAGUUGGAAUAUCUUGACGUUAGUUCUAACUUGCUAGAAACAACCCUCCCUGUCCCACCUCCCUCGGUCAUGAUAUACAACAUCUCCAACAACUUCCUAUAUGGGGAAAUUCCAACAUCCAUUUGUGAACUGAGAUCUCUUGUAGUGCUCGAUUUGUCCAACAAUUCUCUGAAUGGCACACUUCCUCCUUGUCUGGGUGGUAUUGGUCCUUUGAUUUUAUUGAACCUUGCAAGAAAUAAAUUCGAUGGCAUGAGCCCUCGCGUUAACCGAGAUGAUUGUGCAUUGAAGAUGAUCGACCUAAGAGAAAACCGACUAAGAGGGAUUGUUCCGAGAUCUUUAGGAAAUUGCGGAAUGCUGGAGCAUUUGAAUCUUGGUGACAACCAAAUUAAUGAUACAUUCCCAUUUUGGCUAUCGGAAUUGGCCUACCUAAAAGUUAUUGACUUGCAGUCCAAUAAGUUCUAUGGUCCCAUAGACGGUCAUCUAAGCCAUCUUAACUUCACCAAUUUGCACAUCCUAGACCUUUCCAACAACAGCUUCAAUGGUAAACUUCCUUUCAAGUUGUUACAGAGUUGCCAUGCCAUGAAGUUUAUCGAUGGUCAAGAUAAGUUGGCAUAUAUGAAUAUACAUCAAUGGAUUGAUAUGUCUGGUUUCAUACUCGACGGAAGUAUGAUGACUUAUGCGUUGACAUUGAUGAAUAAGGGCACGAAAAGGGAAUAUAAGAAGAUUCCAUAUAUGCUUGUGGCAAUUGACCUCUCUAGUAACAAGUUCGAAGGUUCCAUUCCUGAACUCAUUGGAGAUUUGAAGUCUCUUCAUAUGCUCAACCUUUCAAACAACUUCCUCAUUGGUAGCAUCCCUCCUUCCUUGGCAAACCUGACAGUGCUCGAAUCAUUGGAUCUUUCCCUAAACAAUCUCACGGGAGAGAUUCCCCAACAACUAGCCAGCCUCACAUUUCUUGAAUUUUUCGAUGUCUAUCACAAUCGACUAUCGGGACGAAUACCACAUGGAACACAGUUCGACACAUUCGAGAGCAGUUCGUUUACGAUGAAUCAGGGGUUGUGUGGAAGUCCUCUGCCAAAUAAAUGCACAACUGGUGAAAGCGCUGCACCACCACCAUCAUCUUUCAAAGUAGAUAAUGAAGUAGAGUCUCUAUUCGACUUGGAUUGGAAAAUCGUGCUGGCUGGCGCUGGAGUUGGGUUUUUGGUUGGUGUUGUGCUGGGGAACUUGAUCAUUGACGAGAAGAGUAGGUGGUUCUUGCACUACUCCAAGAGAAUGGCAAAAGGAUGGAAAAGGUGAGGAAAUCUCUGGCAGACAAGAAAAUAUGCAGCUAGAUACUUAAUGCAUACAUGCAUGUCUGAAGAUUCCAAUCUAUGUUUGUUUGCAUGUUUCAGUAUACUAUUAUGGAGAUGUUGUUUUCUUGCUCAUGAAA